AUGUAUAAUGUUCCAUUUAUUAGCCGCGAGCAGCUUCUAACCGAUUACGACACGUUUCUGUUCGAUGCUGACGGCGUUUUGUGGACUGGCGAUAUCCCUGUGCCCGGCGCUAUCGAAUUCAUUAAUCAUUUACUCGACGACAAAUCGAAAAAGGUUUUUGUGCUCACGAACAAUGCCACCAAGACGCUGGAUCAGUAUAUGAAGAAGAUUGCGAAAUUGGGAUUCGGGCGGCUCGGAAAAGAGAAUGUGAUCAGUCCGGCGAUUGUGCUUGCCGAUUACUUCAAGAGUCAACCAGAGAAAUUCGCCGGCCAGCCAGUUUAUCUUAUUGGGACGGAGAAUUUGAGGAGCACAUUGGAAAAUGAUGGUAGAGUGAAAUGUUUUGGAACGGGACCCGAUCUUCUGUCGAAUCACACCGAUGGCGAUUUCAUUCAUAAUUUGGAUUUGACGGUGAAGCCGAAAGCGGUGGUUUGCAGUUUUGAUGGACACUUCAGCUAUCCGAAGAUUAUGAGAGCUGCGAAUUACCUAGCCGACAGGAAUGUUGAAUAUCUUGUCACGAAUCAGGACUACACUUUUCCUGGACCGAUUCCCGGCAUCGUCAUCCCGGGAUCGGGUAUCACGUCGGCGGCGAUUAGCGCGGUUACUGGAAGAGAGCCGAAAGUGUUCGGCAAGCCGCAUAAGCCGAUUUCGGAGUUUUUGUUGAGACGAGCUCAAAUCGAUCCGAAACGAACUGUGAUGUUCGGCGAUCGGUUGGAUACGGAUAUCGCGUUCGGAAAUUCGAACAACUAUGCGACUGUGUGGAUGUCCACUGGCGUCAAUACACUCAAUGACAUCGAAAUUGCCAGAGAAAAAGGACUCGCUGACCGAAUUCCUCAUCAGCAACAGCAGGAGGAAGGCGAGAAGAAGCCGCAAGGGUGGAUCAGCAAGUUGUUCAAAGGACAGGAUCCGUCGGCUUGGCAGAAACAAUCGCAUUCGUCGCUUUUGUCCUCUUCCGAGUAUAUUUAUGAAUUUAUGACUCAUAAUUAUCAUCCAGGUGAGCAAGAGAAAUAUUUGGCGGCGUUCGGAAACUACAAGAAUGAGAUGAACAAUAAGAAUUCUUCUAUUGAAUUGGUUGGCUCGUGGACGGUGGCUUUUGGAAGAACAAGAGAUCAAGCGAUUCAUUUGUGGCGUCAUACCAAAGGAUAUUCGGAUGUUGACUCGUCUAUUGCUCUCCAUCUCAAGGAUAGCUCAUUGCGCGCCGCCGACAACGACAUGGCUCGUCUGUGCAAUCGACGCAAAAACCUGUACGUCAAGUCGUUCAGCUAUUGGCGUGAGCCCGAGCGACGCGAGCCGGACCAUGUUUAUGAUUUGCGUUCGUAUGUGCUAAAACCGGGAACGAUGAUCGAGUGGGCGUCGGCGUGGUCGAAGGGUAUCAAUUUCCGGCGUGAAGCCAAUCAGGAUGUCGGAGGAUUCUUCGCGCAAGUCGGACAACUCUACGUCGUCUACCAUAUUUGGGCGUAUCCGUCGAUGUCGGCGAGAAAUGAGACGCGACACGCGACAUGGGCGAAACCGGGAUGGGAUGCCACUGUUGCAUAUACUGUUCCACUAAUCAAGAAAAUGCAAUCGAAAAUUUUGGUGCCAACGAAAUACUCGCAACUUGAAUAA